GUCCCAUACGGCUCAGUAGCCGUUGACGGCUCUUUAGACGACGGAGCAAAUCCAACAUUAACCAUUUUCUUUUUCCCCCCUUUUCAUUUAUUUUUUUGGGAGUUAAAAAACAAAAGGAGCACAAGUAAGCCGAAUAUCUUCUUUAUCCGUACUCUGCCGCUGGUAUCAAAGUUAGAGCAAAGCCAGAGUGUGUUGGUUUAGAGUUUGCGGGAGGAUAACGUUGCUUUAGCUAGCUGGGUCACUUGCUGGGAAGAAGCUAUACGUGAUAGCAUAAGCUAACCUCACUCUGCGAUACAACCUCGAGACAAGUCGGGACAAGACCAGUCUCAGGGCUCACCAUACUCAAUGAGCGGACAGCGCAAUGUCAGAGCGCUCUGGGCAAACUGCAAAGGGGAAGGAAGGCAAAACCAAGUAUGCGUCUCUCAACCUGUUUGAUACAUACAGAGGAAAGAGCCUUGAAACACAAAAACCUGUUGUUCCCCCCCGCCAUGGCCUGCAGUCUCUUGGUAAAGUUGCCUCUGCGCGGCGUAUGCCACCCCCUGCCAACCUGCCCAGUCUGAAGGCAGAGAACAAAGGCAACGAUCCCAACGUCUCGCUCGUUCCCAAAGACGGCACAGGAUGGGCAAGCAAACAGGAACCAGCAGACCCAAAGAGUACCGAUGCAUUGUCAGCACCGCAGCCGGAGUCGCCGCAGCCUGUGGUUUCACAGACACCUGCACCGACCCGCCCGAGAACCCCGCAAGCUUCAGAGGUUCUGGCCCCACCUUCAACCCAGGCCGUAGGGGCAAGGUCCUGGGCACAAGCCAGUGUUACACAUGGAACACAAGGGGAUGGUGGAAAGGGAUCAAACCUACCGUCGCCAUUCUCUCGCGAGGAAUUUCCCACCCUGCAGGCGGCUGGCGACCCGGACAAAGCUGGCAGAGAACAGGGCACUGCAGAUCAGUGGUAUGGGCCCGGACCAAGCCUCCGCCCCCAGAACGUUACAAGUUGGCGGGAUGGUGGGGGCCGAGCUCUGGCACCCACCCUGUCUGGGGAGGGGGCAGCAGAGGGUGGCACUGGUGGAACUCUGGUGAUGGAUGGGGCAGCUGGGGUCCCUCCUCCAAACUCACAGAACCACGGGCCACCUAGGAACCCUCCUGCAGGCAGCCCCGCCCUGCCCCUGCCCCAGCCUCCUGUGGGGCCUGGGUUCCCCCCAUAUCGAGGGAUCAUGCCUCCCUUUAUGUAUCCUCCCUAUCUGCCCUUCCCGGGCCCCUAUGGGCCUCAGGGGCCCUACAGGUACCCGCCACCUGGUGAAGGGCCAGCUCCAAGGUUCUCUCGUCCUGAGAACAGGUCACAGGGCGGUCCACGGGAUGUAGGUGGAGAGGUGGUAAAGCGACCAUCAAUCUUAAAACAGGAUGACCUGAAGGAGCUAGAUGAGCUGGACCAUGACGGAGAUGAGGGCUGGGCAGGAGCUCAUGAGGAAAUCGAUUACUCCGCCAAGCUGAAGUUCAGCGAUGAUGAAGGAGAUGAAGAGGGAGAAGAGGAGAGAAACGAGAUCAAGAAUGAUUUACGUGAGCAGCAGAGGUCCCAGGAUGCCCCCACUGCAACCUCUCACUCUCGAGCCUCGGACAGCGGCGGAGAGACCCGCCGGACCCCUCCCUCUAAUGUUGACAAUGGCCCCCAGCCCCCCUCCAGCAAGCCAGGAUGGGCCGAGGAGGGAGGUAGUGGUUGGGGGGGCCAAGGAGCACCAUCAACCUACCAGGAUCGGCCCCACAACCAGGGUGCCUCUCUUGGCCCAGGGAAACCUGCCCCUGCCCAGCAUCAACCAGCAGCAGGACCCCCUAACCCUCUGACACAGCCAGGUCUGCUGGUCCAUGCAGCUCAGGGGGAUGAUGAGGAUGAGACGUGGCGUCAGCGCAGGAAGCAGUCAUCCUCUGAGAUUUCUGCUGCUGUGGAGCGAGCCCGUCGCCGGCGUGAAGAGGAAGAACGUAGGAUGGAGGAGGAGAGACGUGCAGCCUGUGCAGAAAAGCUGAAGAGGCUGGAUGAGAAGCAGCAACAGCAGCAGAGCAGCAACAUAGGGGGUGGUGGUGGAGGCAGCAGCAAAACCCCCAGCCUUGAUGGAAAUUCUACAGCUGCUACAGCAGGCAGUCCAAGCCCCUCAAUUUCAGCUUCCUCCCCUAAUAUCAGCCAGCCUCCUUCCCCCUGUGUGGACACUGAGGAGCCUCCAGUGCUAGUUGUCCAGUCAGGGCCUGGUCCUGGUGUUAGUGACCGUCAGCAAGCCAGCAGCAACAGCAGCUACGACUCCGGUGCAGAUGCCCCACAGUGUCCCCAGUUGGCUGCGUCACAGCCGCAGCAGCCCACUCUGGAUGUACCUUUACCAGGAGAGAGUAAAGAAGAGGCUGUUGGCACGCCUCACAUUCGUACAGCAAGUGGAAGUGAAAGAGGAGUCGACCAGGUAAAGGUCGAGAAUAUUGGAGGGGGAGCAGGUCGUCAAGCUGGUGGUCCUCCUGGCCAGGGCUACUCAAAGUAUCAGAAGUCUCUUCCACCUCGAUUUCAGAGGCAGCAGCAGGAACAACUCCUAAAGCAACAGCAGCAGUGGCAACAGCAACAGCAGCAACAUAGCCAGGCAUCACAAAGCCAGCUGUCCCCCCAGACCCAGGCUCCACAAGGUCCUUCACCAGGUUCAACUCCCCAGCCUGGACCUGGACCCAAACAGGGUGGACCCUUGUAUCAGCCUGGCAGUAUGGUUCGACCUCCACCCUUACCAAUGAAUUUUGACCCUCGCUGGAUGAUGAUGCCCUACAUGGAUCCUCGCAUGAUGCAGGGGCGCCCUCCACCCAUGGACUACUAUUCAGCUGGCAUGCAUCCUUCUGGCCUUAUUGGGCGUGAGCGGUCUGACUCCGGGGGAUCUGGUUCAGACCCCUUUGACAGGCAGCAACAACAUCCAGGGCAUCCUCAUCGUGGGACUCCACCUAUGGAUCCUAAGCUGGCCUGGGGGCCUGAGGUGUUCCCUGGAGGAGGGGAGAACCGUGGGCUAACUUCACCUCUGAGACAGAAACAGACAUCAGAGGAUGAUGAUGCAGCCAAAGGGCCCAGGAGUGACACCCCACCACACCGCAUGCGAGAGGGAGCGUUGGGACCCAUUCAGCAGCCCAGUACCACAUCUGGGACAUCCAAUCAAACCCCACCUCCUGUUGGCAACCAGGGAGGCAGCCAUCACCCUCAUCACUACAUCAGUGGACAGGGCAACUACAGUAAUUUCCCCGAUCAGGGUGUAAGGAUACCUCCUCACCAGCAGCAGAGGCCGGGUGAAAGGGGAAACCAGCCACAUGGGUUCCCUCACCAGGAUGAAGGGCCUGCCCGUGGAGCUCAGCAGGGCCAGAUAUGGGGAGCUCCACAUCCUCACUAUGAUCGUAAUGGUCGUGUGGAUCUCCCCCCUGUUGAGAGCAACUCUCACCUUCACCACACUCACAGCCACCACCCUCAUCAGCCUCACUUCCCUCUCCAUCCCCAUAAGCUAGAGAACAGGGUUAGUGAGGCCCCAGCUAAGAAGACUGACUCUUCUCCCCCUCUUCACCAACCUUCCCUUUCAUCCUCCUGCUCCUCCUCCUCUUCUUCCUCUUCUCCCAGGGAGGAUGGGAAUGUCAAAGUGGCACUGCACCAUCACGCAUCACAGAGAGAGAGCGAAGCUGGUAUUGGGGGGCACAGUCACGCUGAAAGAGGCAACAGUGGUAAUGCUGGAGGUGGUAGCCAUGUGAAACAAGAGAAGACAGGCCCGGCAUAUACUCCCCAUUCCUCCAACACCUCUAGCCCACCUCUGUCUCAACUUGGCAGCCACAGUCAACCUCCACAGCAGCAGCAUAUUCAUCCUAAAUCAAGCCAAAGAGGAGGGCGGGAGCACAAGACAGAGACCCAGUGGGGUCCACGGCCUGGCAGCAAUACUAGUGGGGGUUCCUCUCAUGGAAGAAGGGGUAAUAAUGCAGGAGGUGGAAACAACUCCCGUGGAGGAGAGGACUCCUCCAACACUCAGUUGGACCACAAACCCUCCAACCAAUCAGGAGGCAGCAAUGCCAACAAGAGGGCUGGGCCAAUUAAGAAGCCAGUGCUGAAAGAAAUGAAGAGAGAGGCAGUGGAAGCUGAUGGAGGAGAAAAAACAGGCCCAGGAUUUGGAAAAGAUAAAGAACAAGAUGUUGGACAGCCUGUCUCUCUGAAGCAGGAGGCCUCCUCCAACUCCCAGAACACAUCAGGUCCAUCUAAAGACGAGCCAGCCCAGACGGCCAAACCCAGAAAUGGUGGAAAAGAGCGAUCCUUGGGUGGUGGAGGGUCAGGUAGAGGCCCCAAAGAUGUAGACAAUACUUCAUCUGGAUUUUCAGGGUCCUCCUCCAGGAGGGACAGAGACCGUUCCUUUGAAAAGGGAGGCAGCACCUCCCACCACCAUGGCCCCCCCCAAGGCAGCAGAGUCAGCCGAGGAAGAGGUGGAGAAUUCUAUGGGCGUGGCCGCGGUUUCCGGGGCACCUAUACAGCCAGUGCUGGACCCACAGGUGGAAGUCGGGGCAGAAUGGGUGGCAGGAGUGGUAGAGACUACCGCUCAGUUGGUGGUGGCCACCAUCAGGAAUCCAAGGGCGAAGGAGCCAGUGGAAGGCAUGGUCAGGAUCGGUCACAGCAUAACCCAGCCAGGGCCAGAAAUCGUAGUGAAACCCGCAGUGAGGGCUCGGAGUAUGAAGAAAUCCCCAAGAGGAGGAGAGAGAGAGGCUCUGAGACGGGCAGUGAGAGUGGAGCAAGUGAUCUCGGUCACUCAGACAAAGAAGACAACCAGAAACCUAAUACCAAGAAUGGCUCUGAUAAUGCCAACACCACUAGCAGUGGAAACAUUUCAUCUGCUCCACCCAGAGGCUCCCAGGCCCGUGUCUUCACCCCCAGGGGUGUGCCCUCUAGGAGGGGCAGGGGUGGUGGAGGUGGAGGUGGAGGAGGAAACAUCUACAGGAGUACUGGCAAUAUGGGAGGACCAGCUGGGGGACACCGGGUUGGAGCUAAUUCAGGCUCUCACAGUGGGUCUUCCAAGUCUUCAGCUUCAGCCCGGAAACAGCAAGGUCCGCCACAGACCUCUGGGCCCAAAGACUUAGGUCGAGGAGGGAAUGCUGGUGAAAAGAAGGACAAGGUAGCUGAUGGAAGUCAAAGUCAGGGGACCAAUCCCCCUCAGCCAUCUUUGCCUGCUACAACAACCUCUGCUACUCUAGUUUCCAGUGAAAAUGGAGGAGUUGUAACCCAGCAAACUUCAGUAAACCCUGUGUCAAACUCUGGUGGGCCUAAUGCGCUCCCUCUUCCUGCUAACCGUGGGUUUGAGCGACCGCCUAGGCGUCGUCGUCACGGGCGAUCUCAGCACCAGCAGGACAAGCCACCCCGCUUCCGGAAACUGAAGGAGCGAGAGAACGCUGCUCGUAUCAACGGAGGAGUGGGGGUCAUUGGGGGAGGGAGACCCUCAUCUCCCGCCAUGAAUUCAGUUCAAGAUGGUAAUGGAGCCCCGGUCUCUGCUCCCAUAACAGGAAAUGUCCCGAAUGCUACCCACAACACCACACUAACAACCAACAAUAAUAGCAGUGGCGGGCAUCUCAGUAACGCAAACAGUCACCACCAUCACCACUACAACCAGGGCAGUGCGGGUCCUACCCAUCCCCAGCACCCCCACGGAGCAAAGUCUCCUGAUUUCACCAACCAGAACUCAGACCAGGCCAAUGAAGAGUGGGAGACUGCAUCUGAGAGCAGCGACUUCACAGAGUUCAGAGACAGGGAGGGAGGAGGAGGAGGGAAGUCAUAUGCUUCUCAUCAUCAUCACCACUUGGGAAGGGGAGGAGGGGGCAGCGGAGGUGGCGGUACCAUUGAGCGUGAGAUAAUGGGUAAAGAACCCUCUGCUAAUAAAAGAAGCUUCUCAAGCCAGCGUCCUGGGAUGGAGCGGCAGAACCGAAGGGUCAAUGCCGGAGGAGCUGGAGGUGGCGGAGGGGGAGGAAGAGGCCCACGCGGCCCACCAGGCGGUGGCCCUGGUGGACCUGGCAACGGAGGCGGCAACCGCGGGGAGAAACGUGGCAACUGGUCCUCACCGAAAAAUAGGAAGUGAUGGAAUAUACAACAUUUCAGUUUAACCCCACUCACAAUAAAUCCCACCCUGUUACACCUUAAUCCCUUAUGAUCGUAAUUUCACAGCUUAUCUGUUGGCAUUAGUGCUUUGUACAGUAAAUGGAGAUGGUAUUCACUUUAGCUACCCCUCCCUCCCCAGUCACCUCUUUCACCUUUGGGUCAUCCUCAUAUUUACCGUCCGUUAUUGUAAAUUUCUCCGUUUGUUUUGUCUAGCUCUCUGUUCAUUUGUGUACCUCCCUCUUUUUUUCCCUUUCUUUUUUUUUUUUUUUUUUUAUAAACUCUUCCUCACCACAUUUGAUUUGACAAGCAUGUGGUUGUGCAAUUGGUGGGGGAGGGUGGGGUGGGAGCGUACCUCUCAUUUUGACAGGAGACAUUCACACUGAGCUCCACACACACUCGCACAUACAAGCACAAAUAUGACAUCUUUUAAACCCACACAGAGCAUGUGAGGUCACGUGGGUGCAGAAUGAAAACAUGGGAUUAAAUUGGCAUAAAUAUUUGGAUUGGCCUAACUUUUAUAUGUAUGUGUAUGUAUAUUUCCACCACACUCUGGCCUCGUGUGGUAUUCUGUAUUGCAGUUUUGCAUUACUUCCUUUGCAAGGGAAAGAGUGCAGCCUCUUCUUUUAAUAAGAACAAUGUACCAUAAGAUGUUUUUUUCUGUUGUGUCUUUUGUUUGGACUCAUGUCAGCUCUGAGUCUCAGCCUCUGAGAAAUUUUAGGGGUGUGUGUGCGUGCACGCGUGUAUGUUCUUUUUUUUUUUUUUUUUCCUCUUGUCUACAAAGCAGGUCAUCAAAUUAAAUUUUUACAAAAAUUUCCAAAUUCCUCCUCUCACUGACUUUUUUUUUUGUUCUGAUUACUGUUGAGACCUGUUGGAGUGCUACUGCUCACCUACACCUGCAUUGAUUGGUCUUUAAUAUCAAUGUUUUUGCUGCUUGUUCAGAUAGACGGAAUUUUUUUAUGACCUGCUCUGACAUUUCAUUAGGUAUUGUCUUCUUUUUUUUUUUUUUUUUUUUUUAAAGAGGAGUUUUUUGGCCUCAUCGUAGCAUCUUCACCUGCAGAACUUCUGCACAUUGCAAAAAUCAAGUGUCCCCUUCAUGGACAGUAGUUUUAUGCUCCCUCUCUCUUGAGUUUUGUUUGCCCUUUGAAGACUGUAUUGAUAGUGUGAUGGCUUUAUUUUAACAACUAUUAUUUCCUCUGAGUGACUUCCAUUUUAAUGGAAACAUUUUUUUUCCCUCUUUACAGGGGAAAUGAGUUCAAUGAAAAUGUAGGUCAUGAUAGAAUAAAGAAAAUGUUUGACUCUCCUAAAACUGUUUAUGCUUCGAUAGAUGAUUGAAUAUGUUCUAAUAAGCACUCCUUGUAGUAUAACAAACAUCCAUGGUUGCUGUUUCUUUUCCUCUUUGUAUUAAUGUUUUUGGGCAAGUUAGACGUGAUAAAGCAGGAUGGGUACUCUGUCUGGGCCCAGAGUACACUGCUAGGCCGAGUGUUGUACCAUUACACCCCCUCUGCUGUUGUGUUCUAGCGGAGGCUCCUCACACCAAGAAGGACUCCUUGUCUGAGGUAUGAAGUCUUUUUCACAGGCAUGUUUACUCGGGAAAGCUGUUUUCAGUGCACGGCAGCAACCAGGAGCUCAAAUUAAAAUUCAGGACUUUAAGCUGAACAGGGGUGACCGAGCGUCUCCUCCUGCAGUUCGCCGCACGGUUUUCAAGAUUUUACUUGCAACAGUUAAUGCUGACCUGGAGUGAGGAAAUGUUGGAUUGAUGUAGGAUUACACACUCGCAAACAUAAGUUUAAGAGAGACAAAGACUGGAGACAACAGCGAAGGUGAACAAAAUUUUCUCAUCUUCAUCAAAUCUGUCACUGCUGUAAGUUGGGGUUUGUCUGUUUACUGACAACAGUGUGAAGGUCGUCUCUGGUGAGUAGGGCAUUUGAUGAUUUGUGUACGUGGGUGUGUGCGUGUGUGUAUGUGUGUGUGUGUUUUCCGGUGUCUGUGUAAUAACUCGGGAAGGGGUGGGGGACCAGAGGGUUAUAACAUGAAUGGCAAGCACUUUCUGCCUUGUUUGCCUGCGAGUGAUUUAACCAAUUAUUAUUAAGACAAUUCUGCUGUUUCUUAAAUACAUCCACAUAUAUACAUUCAGCUGUGUGUAUAUGUUCAUCCAGAUGAAGACCCCACAGUGGGAAACGUCACCAGUUUGUUUUCUUUUGUGUCAUUUAAGCAUACAUUCACCAGCAGGCAAGUGAAGUUGGACAUAUUUUCCCACUAUGACUUCUGAGUGUGAACACACCCGUGGGUGCAGCUUGCCUUGCCUGUUACUGGUUUAUUCAUUGGUAGCUGUACACUUUAACACUGGCUCAAAGAGUCCUUCAUCCCUCCUUAACUCUUAAUGUUGAUGUGCACAUUAUUGUAUGUACCCAUGUUAAAAACAAAAGUAGUGUAUUCCAGAAAAUAAAAUUACUCAAAAGAUUGUAUUAUGUUUCCAGCAUUACCGAGGUACCUGGAGUGGUUCAGAUCGUUUUUAGCAUUUAUGGUUUUAUUAAUGGAACCGUAAUAUACACACAUGUAUGUAUAUUGGUAUGUAUCUAAGUUUUGUCUACCCCAACUUACAUUCCCACAAACAAAUGUUGCCAUUUUUAGUUCAUGGGAGCAAUGUACAAGCAGAGAAGUGUCUUAUUAUAAUAAAGUUAUACAAAGAAGGCAAAGUUAAAUAAACUACUUUUGAUUUAUUGGAAAA